CACACACGUACGGCCUCAACCAUGUUGUGCAAGAACACCAUGGCCUUCCUUGUCUUCCUUGUGGCGCUGCUGCUCUCAUGCAGCUCCAUGAGCAGUGCAGUGAGGCACCUAGAGGAGGCUGUGCCCAAGAAGGAGAAUCCACCACAUCCGAUCGUCACGGAGCUGCCAAAGCCCCAACUCCCGCUGCACCCUGCCAUGCCUGAGCUGCCAAAGCCUGAACCACCGCACCCUCUCGUGCCCGAAGUGCCACACCCCGUGGUGCCGGAGACACCAAAGGAGCCUGAAGUGCCACACCCCGUGGUGCCGGAGAUGCCAAAGCACGAGCUGCCACCACACCCUGCUAUGCCCGAGCUCCCCAAGCCUGAACUGCCGCAUCCGGCUGUGCCGGAGGUGCCAAAGGACACUGAAGCGCCACACCCCAUCGUGCCAAAGGAGCCUGAAGUAACACACCCCAAGGUGCCGGAGGUGCCAAAGCAUGAGCUGCCACCGCACCCUGCUAUGCCCGAGAUCCCAAAGCCUGAACUGCCGCAUCCGGUUGUGCCUGAGGUGCCAAAGGAGACUCAAGGGCCACACCCAAUCGUACCGGAGGUGCCAAAGGAGCUCGAUCUGCCACGCCCUGUCAUGCCGGAGGUGUCACACCCUGUCGUGUCGGAGGUACCAAAGGAGCCUGAGCUGCCGCACUCUGCGAUCCCAGAGUUGCCGAAGCCUGAAGUGCCACACCAUGGCGUGCCACAGGUGCCAUCGGAGCCCCAUGUGCCGCACCCUGAGGUGCCGAAAGAGCCCGAGUUACCGCACCCUACUGUGCCAGAGGUCCCGAAGCACGAAAUGCCGCUGCCCCCCAAAGCCGAGCUGCCUCCGAAGCCCGAGUUCCACUUUCCGGAGCCAAAGACCAAGCCAUGAUCGGACUAGCUACAUCCACGUACUGCAUGUUAUCUAAGUAUUAAUCUAUACAGUACUAUACAUGUGUAUGUGUGUGCGCGCGCGCGCGCGUGUGAUUGUUAUACUAGUAUACACUAUAUGUGCGCGCGCUCGUGUUGUGUACAUGCCGUUAGAGCCUGAGCUCUAGUUCCCGACCGGAGUGUUCUGUCUGCGAGGUGUUGCAUGGUGCAGCUGCUCAAUCUUUUUCCAUCUUCCCUUUACAUGUAUACACGAUGUAUAUGAUAUGUACAUAUGAAUAUGUUUUUGUGUUUGGAGUUUAUUUUA